CGCCCCACCAGCGUGCGUCAGCGCCAUAAUAAACAUUAUCCCCCUGUGGACUGGAUCACCUUAUCCAAUCUGGGGAUUUGAUUGACAAAUACAUCGACUUGGCUGGAAGUGAAGAUAACAUGGGAUGGAUGAAUUAACAAGACAGAGAACCUUCUCCAGUGAGAUAUCUGGAGAAAAGGUUGUGACAGAAACUAUAACAACGACUACACUGACGUCUCUACCACCAAAGGGAACAAGCGGAUCAAAUCACAGGAAUAUGUCCAGCGGUGCUGGAGGGCUGGGCUUGGAGAAGAAUGUCUUAACCCAGAACAGCAGUACAAGUUAUUUCUCUUCAUCGUCUGUGGGCGUGAAUGCCAGUGGCUUCAUCUCCUCCUCAGGAGUUUACCUAGGAGACUCCUCAGGAGGAGGCGAUGGAGGAGGGGGGGGCUACGGAGACGCAGACGGCUAUGGAAGUGGAGCUGGAAGUGGAGCUGGAAGCGGAGGGAGCUAUGCGGUGAGCUCGGUGUCAAAGGUGAGGUCCAGCUCGUCAGGCGGUGCCAGGAGAACACAGAAUGCCUCUGCCGCGUUGGGAGGCCUGUCGCCAACUUUCCGGGACAGGAAGAACAUAUCCAGCCGCUCAGGAGGUUAUGACGGAAGUUCCAGUGGCAACUCCUCUCCCGAAUUUACACGCAAGGAUUAUGGAAACUAUUGCUCCAGCACCACCAGAGGGAGGAGCCAAAGCAGAGAGAGCGAGAUCAGAGCCAGAUUACAAAGCGCCUCUCCCACUGCCUGCAGAUGGACAGAGCUGGGUGAUGUGAAGAAGCUGCUGAAGACGGGGCGCUCCAGCAGCGUCAGCCCCACUCGCUCCUCCAGCACCUCUAUCACCCUGCCUGUGCCCAGAAAGGCAAGCGUGGAAACCAAGGUCAUCUCCCACACAACCUCACAGUCAGUUUCAACCCCGUUUGAGAGCAGUCUGAGGUCAGGCCAGUAUAGUGGCAGUGUGUCACCUGGCCUGUAUGAUACUGGUGUGAAAUCAGGCCAAUAUGACAUCAGCAUUAAAUCAGCCCAAUAUGAUACUGGAGUGAAAUCAGACCAAUAUGAUAUUAGUCUGAAAUCAGGCCAGUAUGAUACUGGUGUGAAAUCAGGCCAAUAUGAUAUGAGUCUGAAAUCAGGUCAAUAUGACACCGGUGUGACAUCAGGCCACUAUGAUAUGAGUCUAAAAUCAAGUCAAUAUGACACAGGUGUGAAAUCAGGCCACUAUGACAUGAGUCUGAAAUCAGGCCAGUAUGAUACCGGCGUGAGGACAGGAGCAUUUGAAACUACUCUGAGAUCAGGCCAAUAUGACACACUGGACUCUGCCCUUCAGUCCUUUGCUUGGGCCACCUCCACCCUCCCCUCCUCCUCAGCCGCCACCUCGGUGGCUGCUGCUGGCAGCGGCAGCAGCAGCACCUACACCUACCAGGUCAGCACCAACAACAUGGCGUCAGGAUCCACCGCUGUCAACGCCGGCUCGCCUACCGCCUUGUCAGUUUAUGGUUUCCAGAAUAAUCUGGCCCCCACUUCCGGCAGUGUGCUCACUACCAGUGGAGCUAACAUAAAUGCUAACCUAGGAGGGUAUGGGGUGCAGAAGAAUGUUUCAAAUACUGGUGGUGUUGUCAGCACUGGAGUCUCUACAACCACUAGGACCCAAACGGAUGACGGCUACGGGAAAGACUUCAAGUACUUGCUGCUGGAAAAGGAGAACGUCCCAGUCAAAAGGGAUGCAGAAGUGCUUGUUCUGGCUAAAGACAGCGGCAAGCAAUUUACCAGCACCACUGCUCUUAUAGGAGGAGGGUCAGUGUCGGGAGACUCCAUUAAGAAAGAGAAAAUUGUGUCCAGCUACUCUGAGGCGGCCCCUCUGAAGACAGAGUCAGGCAAUUCUUACUAUGGAUCAUCCGGAGUUGUAAUGAAAGACAAAGCAACAUAUGCAGAGAUUCACAGGGACAGCGGUCUCUUUGGAGCUGGUGGAGGAUGGUGCUGUGGGAAAGACUCGUGUUGCUCGUGGUGGAAGUGGCUGCUUGGCCUCCUCCUCCUCUCUCUGCUUCUACUGGGGCUCUUGUUUGGGCUUAUUGCUCUGGCUGAGGAGAUGAGAAAGCUGAAGAAUCGAGUGGCUACCCUGGAGGCUGAGGCCUCCGCUGCUUCUGCUCAUACAAGUCGGCUGUCAGGCUCUGCCAACGACAUCCAUCACGCUGGCACCUUUGUGGACAGUGGGGGGCAUGGCCACAUUGACAACACCUUACACCUAGGCGCCGCUGGAGGUGGCACUAGUGUUGGUGGUGGCACUAGCGUUAGUGGCGGCACUAGCGUUAGUGGCGGCACUAGCGUUAGUGGCGGCACUAGCGUUAGUGGCGGCACUAGAGUUGGUGUUGGCACUGGUGUUAGUGGUGGCACAAGCAUUAGUGGCGGCACUAGCGUUAGUGGCGGCACUAGAGUUGGUGUUGGCACUGGCGUUAGUGGUGGCACUGGCGUUAGUGGUGGCACAGGUGUUAGUGGUGGCACUAGCGUUAGUGGCGGCACUAGUGUUAGUGGCGGCACUGGCACCAGCAUUGGUGUCGGUGCUGGCACCAGCAUUGGUGUCGGUGCUGGCACCAGCAUUGGUGUCGGUGCUGGCAGAGGUGGAGCCAGCUCCAGUGGCCGAGUCAGUGGUGUUGGAGUUGAUGUCAUUGGUGGUGCUGACAGUGCUGGAACCAGUCACAGUGGCAGCAGUAGCACCAGCUAUAGUAGUGUCAGCAGGACCAGCCACACCAGCAUCUCUGGGUUUGACCUCAGCGAAGGACAUAUUGACAGCGCUUCCCUUCAGAGUUUCAUCCGGAGCAUGCUAAGAGCUGAAAUACAGUCUGAGGCAUUCAGAGGUUUGCUAGCAUCCUCAGUGAAAGUAGAGAGAGGACCUAAAGGGGAUCCAGGAAGUCCUGGAAUUAAAGGAGAUGCCGGUUUCCCUGGACUUCCAGGUCCUCCUGGUGCAAUGGGCCAUGCAGGCCCUGAGGGUCCGAGGGGGCAGAAAGGAAGUACAGGUGAACAGGGAUUAGAGGGGCCACCAGGUAUUAGGGGUCGUGAGGGUCCAGCCGGCCCGAGAGGUGAGACAGGACCCCCAGGCUCUGGAGAGAAAGGUGACAGAGGCUCUCCUGGAGAACCUGGGCUUCGUGGUUCUAUUGGACCUGCCGGCCCGACUGGACCAAAAGGCUCACAGGGAGCUCCUGGGUCACCUGGGACACCAGGUCAGCCAGGCUCUCAGGGCUUCCGAGGCGAGGCAGGGCCACCUGGGCCUAAAGGUGACAAAGGGUUUCCUGGCUCUCCAGGAUUUAAAGGUGAUCAUGGUGAAACAGGACAACGAGGUCUGCCAGGUAGCCCCGGUUUGCCAGGCCUGCCCGGGCAAGCUGGAGAGAGAGGAGCCAAAGGAUCAGCAGGACCUCCCGGAGUUGAUGGUGCAAAAGGCUCAAGAGGUGAACAAGGGUCUGCUGGUGCACCUGGAAUCAGAGGUCCUGUUGGGCCUCCUGGAGAUGCUGGCCUUGCAGGAGCACCUGGACUUCAGGGACCACCAGGGAUACCAGGGAAUCCAGGACGGCCUGGGGCCAAGGGCGACAUGGGUCCACCAGGAAGAGUCAUUAAUGCAGCUGGUUCCAGCUCGGUGGCUAUCCCUGGACCUCCAGGCCCUGCUGGUCCCCCCGGCCCACCUGGAUCACCCGGAUUAUCAGGUCCCAUUGGCCCUGCUGGUCUGCCUGGCCAACCUGGUCCUAAAGGUGACAGAGGAGAAAAGGGAGACCAGGGAGAAGCAGGAAUCUCAGUGAGAACUAGUGAAACUAUCAGCUCAUCCAGGGCUGAGAGGCAAUAUGGCGCUGCUGGAAUUCCGGGACCACCUGGCCCUCCUGGCCCACCUGGGUCUCCUGGGCGUCCAGGAGAAUCAAGACAAGGACCUCCAGGGCCUCCUGGUCCUCCAGGUCAGCCAGGAUAUGGAAGACCAGGACCAAGAGGGGAGAAAGGAGAACCAGGAGGCUUUGCAGCCAGCUCAGGAACAUUCUAUACUGGGCCACCAGGACCUCCUGGACCUCCUGGACCUAAGGGAUCAACAGGUUCUCCUGGACCAAGGGGGUACCAAGGUGAAGCAGGCCAGCCAGGUUUGCCAGGCUCCCCAGGAAGACCGGGAAGCUCUGAGAGAGUUUCAAGUUAUGGUGUUGGACAAGUGCAACCUGGACCACCAGGACCUCCAGGACCUCCAGGGCCUCCAGGACCAGUGGGACCUAAAGGGGACACUGGAGCUCCUGGAUUCCCUGGCUCUUCAAGAGGCUCAAUCUCAGUCACCUCAGGGCCUCCUGGUCCCCCUGGUCCUCCUGGCCCUCCAGGCCAGCCAGGGUCCUUCUCAUCUUCAACUGAGAUGCGCCAGUACAUCACUGACUAUCUAAGUAGAAGUAGACAGUCUGGCAUCCCCGGUCCCCCAGGCCCUCCUGGACCACCAGGAGUCCCUGGAUCCUUCUCAGGCUCCCUGGAGGACAUUUCUGCUCGUGUCAUUGCCUAUCUGCGGCGUUCAGGAUCCGGUUUCAGCACGGGUGCUCAGGGUCCCCCAGGACCACCUGGCCCUCCUGGCACCCCUGGCACUAGUUCUGGAUCCCUGUCAGUCAGCGCUCUCAUUGCCAUGCUUCAGAGAGACGAAGUGAGGCGGUAUUUGACAGGCCCACAAGGACCACCAGGGUUACCAGGGCCACCAGGGACACCAGGGACAUCAGGAGGAAGUGUCGCCAGUUACAACGUACAGGAGAUUGCUACUUAUGUAUUCAGAAUCAUGAAUGAGAGAGGAAUUUCUGCAGGUCAGCCUGGACAACCAGGUCCUCGUGGGCCUCCAGGUCCUCCAGGGCCUGGCUUCUCUUCUGCUACAAUUGACUACUCUGCCCUGAUGAGAAACUCAGAGUUCCGUGCAUUGCUGAGCCGCUCAGCAUCGCAGCCUGGCCCACCUGGUAGCCCAGGACUCCCAGGACCCCCCGGACCCAUCGGACCCCCAGGCCCACAGGGACCCUCAGGAGGUUCCACAUCCACUGUGUACGGGAGAGGAGGUUCUGGCUACAGCCUGGAGGAAAUCCAACGUUAUCUGCAGAGCUCUGGGUUCAGAGGUCUUCAAGGCCCUGUUGGCCCUCCAGGCCCUCCAGGCCCUCAAGGACCACCAGGUGUUUCCCAUGGAGUGGUUUCCUAUGGGGGAUCCUUCCCGCGAGAGAGCAUCCGUGCUGAACUUCAGGAAUAUCUUAGCAGGGACAACAUUCGGCGUAGCAUCAUAGGACCUCCAGGGCCUCCAGGACCCAGGGGUCCAAAGGGAGAUCGUGGAGAGCCAGGUUACAUUCAGGGAUACGCACAUGGCCAGAGCUACUCUCAGGGUGACUCUCGAUACGGCUCUCAGCGCCGUGAGGUCGACGUUAGCAAGCUGACUGAGACACUGGACUACUCCAACGUUGCCCUGAAAGUUACCGACUACAUCAAGAACCAAGGCCUGCUGCAGCAGUACCUGGUUGAAGGCCCCGUGAGACAAACUGUCAGAGCAGUUCCAGGACCCCCUGGCCCACCUGGCCCCCCUGGACCCCCUGGCUACAGCCGUGUCAUCGGCUCCUACGGCAACGUCACAGCUGACCUCAUGGACUUCUUCAGAACCUACGGCACCAUCCCUGGCCCUCCAGGAGGUCCUGGACCAAAGGGAGAGAGAGGGUACCCAGGACCCAAAGGAGACAAAGGUGAUGCUGGGCACCCAGGUCCACCAGGACCACCUGGCUUCCACACUAUUACACACAGAGUGCAAAAGAGGGAAGCAGAAAACGACGGAGUUAGUCAUCGUCAGCACCGUCGAGCCAACGGUGGCUAAGAUGUUCAAGGGCUACUAUACUACUGGGUCAUGCUAGUUCUCAUUUCAGUUUUACUGUCUUUUUUCUGGAAAUGUUAAACAGUAUCAGUUCAAAUAUUAGAGAAUGCUUUUUUCUUGCCGUUUAAAUUGAAGUCAGUGGAUAAUACAGGAAAAAUUGAAAGUGGCAAAAAUGCAGCUGUUUCUUCAAAAAAAAAAAAAAAGGCUUAAGUAGAGAUAUGGAUUUAGCUGCUGGUCAGUGUUUUGUGACACAGACAAUUUUAAAAUGAUACAUGUGGGUGUAUGAUGUUUACUGUGCUUAUUUUUUUGUAGCUUGUUAUUUGAAACUUUUUUUUUCAAGGGCCAUCUUUGUUUGGGAAAAUAUUUGCAGCAACAACUAGCAAUGGCUGAUAUUUUAUUUGCACUUUGCAUCUUUUUCUACUGCUUGUGUGACUCGAGUGUCUGAUGUAUUUUAUUAUAAUUUCUUGUCUACUGAGGAUUAUAUUGUAUUGAGGACUAUAAAAGUGUUCUACGUUGUUAAUGUUAUAUCCAGGUAACCACUUUAUUUGUUUCAUGAAAGCUUUGAAUAAUGUCACAAUGUCGCAAACAACACCAGUGGUUUGCCAUAUUACCCACUUCAAUCAAGCGCAAAGUCCAGGCUUAAAGCCCCCCACCAGUGACCCCUUCACCCCAGACAAACUUCAAAGCAUUUUUA